GAGGAGACAUACACCAUGGCAGGACGUCCUGGAGGUUAUUACGGCUACGGCGGCCCGCCACCGCCGCCGCCGCCGGGCCACCCCCCCCACAUGUUCCCCGGGCCGGCCGGAGUCAUGUACUACCCCGUCCACCCCGCCUACUUCUACCCCUACCCUCCCCCGUCUGAACCGGUCCAAGUGGUGGACAGCCCGCCCGAGGAGGCCGUCCCCGAGCUACCCGGGGAGACGGUCGAGCUGCCGUGGAGUACAUACCGUUGGGUGCCCGCAUGCCUGAGCCAGCGCAGCAUCCCGCCGGGCGCGCUGCGCGUGGGCACGGACGCGGACGGCGACGAGAUCUACGCGGGCCGCGCGCCGCACGAGGGCGACAUCCUGCCCGCCAAGGUCAUCCCCAACAAGAACGCCUGCUACGUCGCUCACAACGGGGAGGAGGUUCUGAAAGAUCAGUUUGAGGUGCUGGUGCCAGCGAUGUUCUCGUGGCAGUUCUCCACAAACGGCGCAGUGCCUCCCGGAGCCGUGGAGGCUGGCGUCACCGCUGAUGGAGAGAAGCUGUACUUCGGCCGCGUCACACACGACGGCUGCGUCACUCCCGGCAAGAUCCACCCGAGCCACGAGACGUGCUACUACCCGUUCGACGGCGAAGAGAGGAGCUCGUCCGAGUACGAGGUGCUCGUGCUCAUGUAGAUUUACUCAUCUAUUGGGGUCACUUGCACCACCGAAAAGGGAGAGGUUAACCCACCAUUUUAUACGUAAAUUGACAGUUGACAGCUCACUAACCUUAAGUUAAGUGGGUGGUGCAAGUGGCCUUUAGGGUUCUAUGUGAACUCUUAUAGAAUUCCAAAGAUGCCAAUUUUAAAAUUAUUUGUUCUGUUCCAUAUGUAAACGGUCCUUAUGUAAUGACUAAUGAGCAUAAGAACCCAUUUCAUGUGGGAACGCACUCUUUUGAUAUAUUGAUAUAUUGGCUGUGGAAUUGUAAAAAAUAUACGUAAAUAUACUUGCCAUUUCAGUUGUAUAUAAUUAUGUUCAGUGUUGGUUCAGUGAUAUUAAAAUUUUGUAUACAAAAAGA